AUGCCACCCAUCAACUCAAAGCGCUACAUUCUCAACGUCGUUGAUUUUGCCACCCGCUAUAUCGUGCCCGCAGCAGUUUCGUCCACGUCUACGGGCGACGUUAUCAAGCAUUUGCACAAUGUGUUCUACACUUACGGCACGCCAGACCACUGCCUCUCGGACCAUGGCUCAGCCUUCGAAUCCAAUGAGUUCAAGCGCUUCAUGAGUCUUAAUUCCGUGGAGCUCCAUUUCACAAUUGCCUAUCGACCUGAGGGCAAUGGCUUAGUCGAGAGAAGCAAUGGAACUCUCCUGGCAGCUCUCCGCAAGACCUGUGCAAUGGAACCACUGUCAUGGCCUACCAAACUUCAAGAGGCAGCAUUUGCAGUAAACACGUCCAUGAAUGCCAGCACGAACUUUGCGCCAUUUCAGCUUCUCUAUGGCUACGUACCGAAGAUUCCACUCCAACAACAUCGUCCGUUCCAGCACUCCGCUCUUGCCGAGCGCAUCCUCGACACAACAGUGCAGCGCUCCGAAGCAGCCGCCAAUUCGGAAGCAGCCCAAGCUGCACGCAAAGAGCGCUACGACCGCAGCCACCUUUCUCCAGUGAUCGAGCAACAGCCCGUCGUCAAUGCAGAGACCACGCCUGCCUCAGCAGCAAAUGUUGUCGCCUCUACAGAGCAGCAACAGCCUCAACGGCCCCAACGCACUCGAUGUCUACCGAGCCACGUCGACGACUUUGUGCUGGAGUGA